AGUCGCCACUGUUGGUUGCACAUCCACUGUUUACAGUUGACUUCUAGUUUUAACAUGACUGUAUCUUCCGUACUGGCUGUCUUUUUGCCUUAAAUCAUACAUUUUCUUUAACAGUGAUUCACACAAGAGGAAGGUUGAAAUUUGCUACAAUAUUUUUGGAUUCUAUAUUCAGUUUCUACCAGUUGCUAUGGAGCAAUUAGAUUUGAAUAGAAAAAAUGUUGAAGCUGAGUUAAAGGAGCAUCUAAAACUUUGUCGGUGGGAGAGGCCAGAUAAUCAUCUGCUCAUUGAGACCACUAAAAGAACCAGGCAAAAGGUCAAGAAGCUGAUACAGAAUUUUACUGACAUGCUGCAGCGCCCUGUAAUGCUUGAUAGGCCAAACCUAGCAAAGGAAAGAGUACAAUUUCUCCCUCUACUAGGACCAGAUCUAAUGAAUGGAGCGUCCAACAUGAGGGUCGACGUUCUAGUUAGUAAGUUAGAUGCAGAACAAGUGAAUGACAGGUUUUCCUGGUAUGCUGUUUGGAGGAAAAAAUUAAAGGAGUCGGUAGGAUGCUUCCACCAAGAAAUGCAUUUUAAAGAAUUACUGAGGGAUCAUCAGUACCCUCCCCCUGUCUAUCAGGGUGAUUGGAAAUUUCUGUGGAGUACAGUUUCUAAGAUUGGUGAGAAGAUAGCUAGCUGUUCAGAUCUAUGGAGAAACAGUGAUAGAGAUGUUGCAAAAAAGAGGGCCUUGCCUACCUUCUCAAGUCAUUGGAAAAAUGUGGUUUGCAGAAACACAAGUUUGAAAAUGUAGAGAUGUCAAAUCACUUUAAAGAGUUGCUUUACCAGCCAGCAUACGAUCCAAAUCAUCUGUUACUGCUAACAGAUGCCAAAAGUAGCAUGCAUACUUCCAGGGUUGUCGAAGAUCAAAACAAGGAAAGUUCAGUGGCUGAGUGGCGAGCAGCGAAUGAAUUUUACUUUAAGAGCUUGGCUUCAGUGCAACUCAUGUUAAAUAUUGAACGAAAACACUCAGAUAUUACAUCCGAGCAGGUAGGCUUUCCAAAGCUUGUAAUUUAUACCCGAGCUUCUAUGAAUCCCAUUUUAACUUGUUGUUUCAAAUUUUUAUUGUCCUCGCACUAAAUUUCCUAUGUUAACAAGUCAAGCGCUCAAUCUCAUUUCUCAACCAUCUUGUGGAAAUACAACGGCAGCAAAGGAAAACUGCUUACGGUUUUGCUGAACUUCUAAACAGCUUUCGCCGUCGUGUUUCACCCUUCGCAAAAUUACUAGGAGAUUCAGCGGAGGAGGACAGAAAGGAUGCGUCUUUGUUGAGUUUUCCCCAAAAUCAACAUGCUAUAUUCAAUUGCAUGUGGCAACAAAAGCAACUAAUUGAUAACUUCAGUGCAAUGCUUCUGGAGGAAUUGGCGUUGCUGAGAACCGUUGGAAGUACACACUUGGACUCCUGUCAAACUGUUGAAUUCUAAGGCUUCACUGGAUAGGCUUCUACUUGAUUCCAACGGUUUUAUCAUUACGCCACGUAGCUGUCGUAAUCAGUUUGUCACACAGCAUAUGGUUAAGCUGCUAUGCCACAACUUUAAUCAGCUUACGGACCUUGAAAAUCAAAUUUCGGCUUUCUGUGAAGACAAUGAGAAAACCUAUGCUAUAAACGUUCUUCUUAGUCAUUUUGCCUCCGUCUUUAAAGAGGGGAAAUUGCUGGCUAAAAAUCUGAACUGUUUACUGAAAACGGGAGACCAAUCAACCGGAAUGGAACCCAAGGAACAAUCUGCUCUUGAAGCAAAUUUAGCAAAUGCAUUUGAAAAUGUUAAGGAUGUGAUUGGAAAGCUUUGCUCUUAUAAAGACAGAAGUGUUUCUCAAGAAGAGGAAGGGAAUAUUACUAUAUGGGAUGGUCUGCUUAAGAAGGCAAAAAAUGACCUUAACCUUGAUAACUUAUGCAAACUGCUGUCAGAAACAUUUGGUUCCAUUGAAAAACUAUUGAACUCAUCGGGCGUCCUUUCAGCUUGUGUUGGGGACCAGUUGAAGCAACUUCAAGCAUUUUUGGAACUUUUAUUGAACUUUGGCGAUUUUUACCUCCAAGAGUUUUUGGCGAUAAGUAAAACGGUGUCAUUGAUAACCCAUGUCCUUGCAACUUUUCUGGCUGAUCUAUUUACAAAAGGGUUUGGCAUCUCCAAAAACGAUGAAGAUGAUGACUCUAAAGAUGAAAAAUCAGAAGCUGCAAAAGGUACUGGAAUGGGAGAUGGUGUGGGAGCAAAAGAUGUAAGUGACCAAAUAGAAGAUGAAGAUCAACUGCGUGGCAAGGAAGAAGAAGAGAAAGAGCAAGAUACCCCGGACAAUGUGCUGGAUAAGAAUAAAGGCAUUGAGAUGACCGAAGAAUUUGAGGGCAAAGAAUAUAGUCUUAGUGAAGAUUCGGAAGAAGACAAGGAGGACGAGGAAAGCGAGGAUGAGCAGUUGGACUCUAAACUGGGAGAUGCGGGUUCUGAUGCUGAAAAAGCUGAUGAAAAGCCGUGGGGCAAAGAUGAAGAUGAGGAGGCAGGAAAUAAGAAUGAGAAGAAUGAAUCUGGACCAUCUGUUGCUGACAAGGACACAAGUUCAAGGGAGCUACGAGCCAAGGAUGAUGAUGGUGUUGACACUGCCGAUGAGCCUGAGGAGUCCAAUACUUCAGACAAACCGGAAGAAGGAAACGAUGAGAAUGUGGAUUAGGAUAAUUUUGGUGAACCCGAAAAUUUAGAAGAUGAAAUCAAGAACCAAAAUGAAGCACUUACAGAUACAUCUGGACCAACUCCUGAAUUGGACAAUGAACAGACUGAUGAUGCCAUGCAGAUUGACAAAACAGAUGAGGUUGAAAAGGAAGAUGAGCAGGAAGAACCUUGUCCGGAAGAUCAAAAGCAUCCUGAAGAAGGUGAAAAUGAUGAAGAGAGUCAAGAGCCUGCUGAGGAAACAACGGAGGCUGGGGCUGAAGAUGUGUCUGAAUCACCCCAAAAAGAUCCUGGAAAUGAUCUUGAACAGAAAUGUGAAACGGAACCGAUAGAAGGAAAAGAAGUCGUCAUGUCAGAAGACAUGAAGCCGAACGUCUGUAAUGAUAAUAUUUCCGGCGUGGACGCUGGUUCACACAAUCCUCACGGAUUUAACGGAUUGGGGGCAGGAAGUACAGCACCACAAGAAAAUUUGGCAGCUACUAAUGUUUCGGAUGAACUCACAGAUUCAAUGGAUCCGCCUUCGGGUAGGAACACUGAGAUGAAAUUCACGAUGACUAGCAUGGCCAGUGGUGAGACGUUGACGGACAGCAUACCAAAGAUGGAAUUUCCUCAGAGCCAGUCAUCGAUCUCAACAAACCAAGGUAAAUCCUUAUAGGAACGUUGGUGAUGCAUUGAAGGAGUGGAAAGAAAGAAUUAAGGUCUCCUCAUUCCCCUUCCCAUACUACAUUGUGCUGAGAGAUAUUGAAGCCUUACCCAGAACACUUGGUGAUGUCCAGAGACAGUGGUUUGAGCUGAUGCAAAGCUCGCGGGACUGAGAGAGGUCGAGGGCUGAAAUUUUGUUCGACGGGUGUGAUGCCUUUGCUUCUAGACUGUUAUAGUAUACAACGACCGUAGUUAGUUAAUUCACAUGAGAACCCACAGAUGCUGUUUUUAUCUUUUAUUAUUUAUAUAUGUGGGGAAAGCCCUCUUCUUUUGCGAA